UAUCUCAUUCCUGAUUUCUGAGUGCCUAGUCUGCUUCAGCGAUAGCAUCUCAUAUUUUCAUGAAUCACCCCCUCAGUAUAUAUCUAUCAUCUAACAUCAAUCAGGGCCAGAGCUUGGUGAUUUUCUUGUGGAAGAAGCAUUAACUAUAAACUAGGGUUCUCCGCUAUGGCUCCCAGAAAACCCAAGGGUCUGCAAGAACAGCCUACUGCGAUUUCGUCCGUCAGGGUGACUCGUGCUACGACUAAGCGAGCUGCCAAAGACUCUGUUUCUGUCUCUGCUGCGGCUGAGUUGCCGGAAAAGAAGACCAAGAAGCCGAAGCUAGCCGGCAAGGGAAAGCCGAAGGAAGGCCGAGCAGAGAAACCCGAAGCUGGUUCAGCUAGUGCUGCUGAUGGGUCGAAGCGGACUAUCGUGAUUGAGCACUGUAAACAGUGCAAUUCAUUCAAAACGAGAGCCAAUCAGGUGAAAGAAGGUCUUGAGAAAAGUGUUGCUGGGAUCUUGGUGAUAUUGAACCCUGAAAAGCCAAGAAGAGGUUGCUUUGAAAUAAGAGAAGAAGGAGGUGAGAAGUUCAUUAGCCUCUUGGACAUGAAGCGUCCGUUUACACCAAUGAAGCAAUUAGAUAUGGAGAAGGUGAUAGCAGAUAUCAUUGACAAGAUUAACGACAAUUGACGACCUCUCAGACAACGGAUGAAUUGCUGAUCCAAAUCCAAGUGAUUUUUGGGGGCAUGGCUUUGUGCCCACCCUAGAUUAUAAAUGUCCUGAUGAAAGCAAUAUUUUAGCUAGACUUGUCUGAUUCUAUUGUGAUUUUUUAGAUCCAAGUAGCAUGAAAAAUGAGUCUUGUAUUUGUUUUUUUGUUUUUUUUUGUUUUUUUGUUUUUGGGUUGGCAAACAUGAGAUGCGAGAGCUGAGAUUGUGGUUUUUGGUAAGGUUUUGUUGAUGUGCAUCCACAUCAAAUUCCAUGGA